UCUAACAGUGAGCUGUUCACCCGCUGCUCCUCCCUCUGAACCCUAAAGGAAACGGCUCACUGACCUUCUCAUUUUGAUUAUUUUUUAAUUAACAUAAACAGAUUUUCUGUUGAGAGGGUGAACUGAAUAUUAACCGACUACGUCAGCAUCAUCUUCAUCUACAUCCAAUUACAUGCAGCAGGAGCUGCAGAUCUGUGCUGAAGAUGUGGAGGCCGUCGUCAUUGACGCUGUUCGGACUAAAAUGGUUUAUUGUAAGAUCGACCAGACACAGAGGAAGGUUGUAGUGAGCCACAGCACACACCGCACUUUUGGCAAACAGCAGUGGCAGCAGCUGCAUGACAAACUGUGCUCCUGGAAACAGAAUCUGGCUUCUGUAAAGAGCAGCCUUCAGACGCUCUCUCCCUCUGCCUGACACAGCUGCUUCUGUUUUUAUAUACAUCCAAUAAAA